AUGAGUGAUUUUGACUAUUGGCAUGAUUGUUCUUUGAGCACUGAUGUUGACAAUAAUGUUGACAUGAAAUCUGUAGCAGCAAGACCUCAACAAUUUGAAAAUAAGCUUCAUAAAUCCGACCAAGAUUACUUUGAUAAAUUUGUUGAUUGGGGGAAAAACGUCCUCGGUGGACAGCUUAAUGCAUUGCUUGCAGCUGGUCAAAGUUUAAAAGUUGUUCAAUCCGAGUCCCCAGCAGGCAUGUUCAUAUCAGGUGCAAAACUCACCUGGGGUCUUCCCAAAGCCAGAAAGGAUCUCAAGAAGAUUCAAGUGAAAAUUGGUAACAGUUCGGGUGAAGUUUGUCAUUCUUCAUACCUGCAUAAAUCUUCCAAAGAAUGGAAAAUUGAUGACGAGAAGCUCGAAUGUGGUAAAAGAUACCAUGCCACUAUCUAUUGUACUUAUGUUGAUGAAAUGAGGGAGUUUCUCUGCCUUGCUGGAGAAAUUGAAUUCUAUACACGACCAGCAAAGCCGAAGGAUUUCAGAAUUACAUGCAAUUAUUAUUUUUUCACUUUGAAAUGGUCAACAUCAACAAAAAAUUGUGACAAACACUGUGUUGAAAUCUUUGAUAAGGACUCUGAAGUUUUGCUCGACCGGAAAGAAGUUAAAAGUCUCAUGCAAGCAUGCAAAUUUGAUGUUGAUGUGCUAAGGGAUAUCUAUCUUGGUAGAGAGUACAAAUUCAAAGUCACUGCAUAUUAUAAAGAUCAAGAAAAUCCAUCCAGCAAGAAGAAAUUAUUUGCUGGUGAUGAAAAUGGCCCCCAAGAAGUGAAAGCAAAACUUAUUGAAAACACAAAUGAUGUUGAAUUGACAUGGAAGAAACCAAGGGGCAGUUCAUGGGGUUCAAUUAAAAUAAUAUACAUUGUAGUAGUGUUACAGAAGAAUAAAGUUUUCAAAGGUUACAAAACUACAAACACAAAAUGCAAAAUUGAUGGUUUGAAACCGGGAACAUCUUGCACAUUCCACGUUGCAGCAAUAGACUCGAAUGGGAAAACAAGUCUGUGGAUUGUAUCCAAUUUAUUAAAGAAAAAAUCAGGUGCUGUUAAUUUCUAUGUCCAGCGAAGAUCAGAAAAUCCUGCUACUACAAUUUUUUGCACUUGGAAACCUCCACCAGAAGCAAAAGGGUAUAAACUCCGAUAUCGACAAGGAACAGACUCCUUUAUCAAGUGUUUGGGAAAAGAUUGCACAGAGUAUGUUAUCCGGAAUCUUUUGCCAAACACUGAGUACACAGUUGCUAUUAAAGCUGAUGAAGAUGGCUAUGGUCCUUACACAACCCCGGAAACUAUUACAACAGGUGUUGGACAAGUUAGCAAAGCUUGGUUAGAACUGGACAAAGACAAGUUGGAUUCUGUGGUCGUUAAGUACAAUGAAGCAUUGAAUGCCACAUCUCACCUCAUUGAGCUACGGGAUUCCAGUGCAGACGACCAACCACGGGUUCACACAGACGAUGGUUUAUUCACAGAUAUGAAGAAUAAUUGUAGUUACUAUGCAAUAGUGACACCAAUGUAUGGGAGGGAGAAAGGAAAAGAAACACAAACAGAAGAAAUUCUAACAGCACCCAAAGCUCCUCUCAUAAUACAAAGCCAUCUGACACCUGAUGGAGAACACCCAAGUUCAGUUUUCCAUCUCUCCUGGAAGUCCCAACCAAAUUGCUAUGGAGAAGAAGUAAAAAUUUCAUGCUUGGACUUCAAUGAUGAACCACAAAUACUGAGAUAUGAAAGAGAAAGCAAUGAAGAUGGAAAAUGCUUUCUUACAUAUCGAUGUAGCAGAUCUGGUUGUAAAUAUGAAGUGCAAAUGAGAACACGAAAUUGUGGGGGGUUUAGUGAAUGGUCAAAGCCAUUUACGUAUACUACAGUGCCGGACAAAAUUGCAAACAUCAAUUUGGAAAUUGGAAAAGACCAAAUAACUGCUAAAUGGAAAGAAGCGAUCAAUGAAGAUAACUAUAAAAUAACUUUGUAUAAAGGCAAUCCAGAAGGUGAAAUAACGAAGGUACUUGAAAAGGAAACGUCUGGGCAAUGCUAUUCUUUCCCAGUUCAAGUGGAAUUCGGAACUCCGUAUUCAUGCGAAGUAAUUCCAUGCAAUAAAACUGGUGAAGGAGAAAAGACUUGUUCCAACACUGAGCUAUCUCCUCUUCUACCACCUCAAGAUCUGACCAUCGAGGAUACGAAUGGUAGAAUUUCCUUCAGCUGGACAAACUCAAAUGGAAUGUCAUCAGCUAAAAUUGAACUCACCGAUUUUGAGAAGUUCAAGGUCACAGAAAUAACGAAGCAGAAUUUCUGGAACUCUGAUAUUCUUUAUGAUGGAACUUCUUAUAAAUUCAAAGUGUGGGCGAGCAAUGGAGGCCAUCUCAGCAAGCAAUAUGCACACGCAACUUUCGCAACGGCUCCUUCUGAUGUCAUUGUCAAAGAAAAUGAAGAAAAUCCAGAAACAAGCUUGGAUGUCACAGUUAUUUCAAGACAUGGUGGGCCCUUUAUUUUGACCAUUAAUGACGACAAAAAAAUGACCAUCAGGAGCCGGCAUGCUGUGAUCGAAGAUUGUCAACCCGCAACAAAAUAUGUGAUUGGUGCUCAAUCUGUGUUUGACAAAAACAAAAAGACAUCAAUUACAUUUGGGAUACCAGUAACAACAAAAAAAAAAGUCUUUUCAAAGUUCCUUGAUAGAGCAAAAAGCUAUGUAUCUGGACCACGAACCGUCUCAGUCGUAUCUGGUGACAACACAUCUGCUACCUUUAAUGACAGCACAAUCCACAUGAAAACGGGGGACAAAACAUAUCAUAUGCACAGUGAAAAUGAUUUUAAAUGUCAAAGAUUGAGAGUUGUGCAAUCUGAGUUCCCAUCAGACAAAUUUAUUUCGCGUGCAAAAUUAGAUUGGGAUCUUCCAAAAGCUAAAAAGGAUGUGAAGAAAAUUCAUGUGGUAAUCAGUAACAGUUCAGGACAAGUUUGUCGCUCUCCAUACUUACCCAAAGGUUCAAAUGAAUGGGAAAUAUAUAACGGGAAGCUCGUGUGUGGUAAAAAAUACCACGCAGCAAUAUAUUGUACCGAUGUUGACGAAAAAGGGGGCGAGUUUCCCCACAUUUUAGGACAAGAGGAAUUCUAUACACGACCAGCAAAACCCAAAGAUUUGAGAAUCACGAGUGAUUCCGGUUCUUUCACUUUAAAAUGGUCAACGUCAACGGGCAACUGUGACCACCACCAUGUUGAAAUCUUUGAUAAGGACUCUGAAAAAUUGCUUGACCGGAAAGAAGUAAAAGGUCUUGUGCAAGAAUGCAAGUUUAAUGUUGAUGUGCAGAGGGAUAUCUAUCUUGGUAGAGAGUACAAGUUCAAAGUUACUGCAUAUUAUAAGGAUCAAGAAAAUCCUUCCAACAAGGAGAAAUUAUUUGUUGAUGCGCCUUCAAAUUCAGACAAAAACAUCUUCUCCAAAUUGUAUGAUAGAGUGAAAAGUUAUUUGUCUGGACCACAAACAGGCCUUGCUGUAGCUGGGGACAACGCAUUCGCUGACUCUUUCACAAAUCUCAUGGAAAUGGGAAACAAGACAUAUAAUGAAGAUGAUUUCAAAUGCCAAAGUUUAAAAGUUCUCCAAUCGGAGAUCCAGACAGGCGAAUUUGUAUCCGAUGCAAAAUUAACCUGGGAUCUUCCGAAAGAUAAUAAAGCUCUCAAGAAUAUCCAAGUGAUAAUCAGUAAUGGGGUAGGCCCAGUUUGUCGCUCCUCAUGCCUGUCUAUAGAUUCCAAGGAAUGGGAAAUCGAGAAUGGAAAGCUUGAAUAUGGUGAAAGAUACCAGGCUACUGUUUAUUUUACCUACGCUGAUGGACAAGGAGAAUUACUACACUCUUCUGGAAUAGAAUUUGUUACAUGUUCAAACCAACCAGAGGCAGUGACUUGCACUACGAACAAAGACGAUUCUAAACAGUACUUGGACCCUGAAUGAUUGCGAAAUAACAAUCGCAACCAAUGACAAAAGUCUAACUAUAAUCAAGUUGUAAGCCUGUUGCGCAUAAUCUCUCUGCCUUUUGCACAUAACCAUCUCCGUAUGGGUUUUGGACCUACGAACCGACGUAGGGUAAUCUUAGAUGCAGUGGCGAAUGUAUACAACGCUUAGCAUGAUUCGCCACACCGCCGAGACAGUUUUUGCUUCAGUUAUGCACCCCCCUCUCUUCAAAAAUUUUCCAAUGUAAAUACGAAAGAACCUCAUACAAUAGGGGUUUUCCAAACUGAGGCAGUGGUCCUUUCACUCCAUUCCUAUAAGAGAUUUUUAUUUAGUGUGUGUUGGUGCAUGAUGUAAAUAUAACCGAUAAACAAUUAUCACUGGACACCAGUGAAGGAGAUUCUAUAAAACUAUUUGUGUCAAACUUUUUAGCUCUGUAACAUUUCAUUCACAUUGUUCAUUCAUGAAUUAGUUAUGCAUUUAUAUCGCAAAUUUACUGUUUUGUGUUAUUUGUAUGUAUUUUCAUAAUUAGGGUGUGUAUUAGGGUUUUGCUACUAAGCCAUAUCUUGUUAGACUAUGAUCUUUCUAAGCUCAAAAAUAUACUUGCUACUGCGGAUCCAUGUGUUUCAGUUGUCACAAGGAAAGAGAUUAUGUUAUUCUUAUUUAUGUUUAUAAUUAGGCUGUCUAUUGCCCAUUAUUAAAGUAGAAGCAUGGCCUUAUGUCAUUUUACUCGGUCGGGCCGAAUGAUUGGUAAUUUUGCAUAAUACCCUACAGAGGUCCAUAUUUUGAAGAGAAGCAGUGACUUGACUGGUUUUAAUUUUCAACUAUAUCGACCAAUCACAAGCACAAAGAAUUCGACUUUUUAUAUUUAUCGUAAGAAAUGAGAAUGUAGAUAGGACUGCAAAACCAUAUAAUGGAGUUUUGGUAACAUUCCAGUUUAUUUUUAACAAAAAUUGGUCAACUGUCAAUUGCUUCAAACUGUCAUCGAAUUUAUCUUUUUCUGCAGAUUGUCAGCAAGUUUACUUUUUGUUCGACUUUUACCUUUCACAAGUAAUUCAUCACAGGUAAAUUAAUUACUGUUAAAACAAUAAAGAUCAGAUGUUGAAUGUUUUUAUUCUUUUUUUGCAUCGUUUAUAAAAUUUAAUUCCCUUUAUAGCAUAUUUUUGGGCGCUCCAAAUGUGUGUGCACCAACAUGGAGGUAACUAAUUUUGUUCGCCUACUUUACAUCAAGUUGUGUCAAAAGGACUAAAACCUAAGGUUUUUUUUUCUCGUAUAAUAUAAAUAUCAUAUUGAUAAAUCAGAGGGGGAGCUUGUUUUUUUUCGACUUGUAUAUGUUCUAAAGAAAAACUGAUUUUUGAGAUGCUCCCUUUAUCUUAAUUAAUAUGCCAGAUGUAAUUUUUCAAUAUGUGAUAUGUGAUAUACAGGGUUAAAAUAGCCCGCGAUUGCCCGAUGUUAGGCAGUCAAAUGUUUGCUAUGUUUAUUUUAAUAUGUCAAAUGUUGUUAACUCCUUAGUUUUGAACACUCUUUGAAGUUUGAGGAAUUUCUUACCGAUUUUACAUCCUUUUGAUACGCGAAAACAAAGUGUGUUUUGUGUGUUUGUCAUAUUCCAUAACUUUCUUGGUAAUGAUUCCUCAUAUUAUUCGUAUGUCGCUUUCAAUCCAGAAUAAUAGUCAAAGUCAAGUUUUUUUUUUAUUCAGUAAAAAAUUACAUAUGAAAUUGACAAAAACUAAAAUUGAACACACGUUUUUACUGGAGAAGGGAAGCCACGGGAAACCAAGAUCCGUUAUCAAGCAAUGACACCCAAGCUCCAAUAUCUAAUUAAAAUUCCAACGUCGGAAAUUAAGUUUUUAGAACACUGGUAUUAUAGGUUAAUACGGCUUUAGCAGCUGAACCACUAAUAGCUCCCUCUAUACAUGAAGGGUAUAAAUGCUACAUGGCCAAUCUCUAAUCGAACUCGCCAGAUGAAGGGAUUCCCCGGCUGUCCCGGUGCUAAAGUGUUUUUUUUCCUCCACACAAGAUGGCGACACCUACAAAGAAAAAUAAAUAUAAACACACGACCUGACGGUUAGAUCAUUGGAAUUCUAUAUCGUUUAUAAUUUUGUUUCUCCCGGUGUCAUUGUUCUGAGUAACAGAUAAAUUCUUUUCAAUGAUUGAAUUAUCGUAAUAUAAAAUACAUUAUUAUAAACAGUGUUCCAUCUAAAAACAUUUUACACUGCGCAAUUCUUUG